UGAAGUCUCGCUUUCCUGGGAGGGAGGGGCCAGACACAGCACGUUGAGGAGUUGUCGGCAUCUUGCUGCUGAGGCUGUUGCCUGCAAGGAGUUCUAGCAUCUUCCUAACUGAGGACUUGGUUUUGCCUCCCCUGAGCAUCAUAUUAAGUCUAAGAGGAAUUAUGCACUUAAUCAGGCGGAGCACAGUUGAUCAGCUGGCUGGCUGGCUGAUUGCUUAGAUUUUGUUUUUUUCUUGGAUAAUUUGGUUUUUACUAAAGGACAACAGAUUUUUUUCUGUCAAACUUUUGAGUGAAACUAAACAGGUGGCCAAAAAAAAAAGAAGAAGAAGAAGAAGCAGUGCAUCUGCCCAGAAAUCAGAAAUAAGCUUUUUAUUUCGAUCAAUGACCAGAAUAAGAAAAAGAGAGAGAGAGACAUCAUAAAAUGGCAAUACGCAGCUUGCAUGCAAUGUAACUUCUGCCCAGAAGUGCAAUGACAGGUGAAAACUUCAAAGUGAACACGUCUGGAUACAUUUAUGGCAACGAAGGAUAGUAAGACACCAAAAGAACCUACAUCCAGACUGAAUUUGCCCACUGUGGAAAAGCGUGCUCCUGCAGCCAGCUGCCAAGAAAGUUUCACAUAAACAAGGUAUUACAGUUGAAACUCUGGACAGUCUUCAGGGGGAUAGCUUAAUCUUCUCUUCAGAUAAUUUGGCAAAGGAGAUGCAGCAAGGAAUAAAUGAAAUCAGUAAAAAAUUGCUAAAUCUCAAACAGACUCUGUCAUCAGUUCAAACAACUGUGAGUCCUCUUACAAAAAUUGGUCAACACCAAGCUGAGUAUAAGUCAUUUGAUAACUCCGGAAUUUCAACUCCUGGCAGAACAGAGGUUGUAAGGAAACAUGAUCAAUUUGCUUUAACCAAUAUCUCCCUAGACAAGGACUUGAUAAAGCUUUUGAACUCUGAAUUUAUACAGAUGGAUCCUCUUACUGGAUGUUCUGUUAUCCUAGAAGAUGUGUCUGCUAACAAACAGUUAAAUGUGGGGGAGGAUAUUUUCUGAAACCUGCUGAGCUCGUGGAGAGGAGCUCUAUUCAUGAAGCAGAGUUCCUGGCGAAGUUAUGGUUGGUGCAUGUGAGACAAUUGAGCCAGGAGAUAAAAGAUGUGGAUGGGCUUGAUACAGAAGUUCUCAGUCCUACAGCACUGCAUUUGGAGCAUCCCGAGACCCAGGAUGGGAAGCCUAUAGUAAGACUCUUUACUUCUGAUUCAACAUAUAUUUCUAAGACAUUCCUUGCAAAUCCAGCAUAGUGUAGUGGUUAGUGUUGGACUAGGAUCGGGAAGUGUGAGGAUAAAAAUAAGCAUAUACACUGCUCUGAGCUCCUUGGAGGAAGAACAGGAUAUAAAUGUUAAAAAUAAAAUUAAUAAUAAUAAUAAAUCAAAACCAUCCAACAAGAAUAGCUCCAGAGAGCACUCAGAGGCACUCCAAUGCAGAUUUUAUGGAACCAGAGGGAAAUCAGCAAUUCCCCUCUGAGCCUAUUUCAUUAUUGGAAAAGUUGGAGGACCUUCUGGGGCCCCUUCUGUCUUUGCCUGAACUUAUAGAAUCUUCGAAGAAGGAUCAAUCCAUUCCCAAGACGCCUUUCAUCAGGCCUCCAAAUAAUGGAGCAAUCUCCCCAGGGGUGUCUGCCCAAUGGAGUCUGAUAAGGCCCUGAGCUCUACUAAUCCGGUUCAGCAAUUAAAUCCACCUGAAGAGCAGGCUUCUGUCUCAGCCACUGCUGAAUUACCUAAGUGACAUUUAUCAGAUCAGCAUGGACUUUCCCUAUGCACAUGGAAUGUAGCCGGUUGGGCGUGUAAAUCUAGAUAUAUUUCUUUUAUAGAAUUCCUGUCUAAAUUCAAUAUUCUUUUUCUGCAGGAGACUUGGGCCAUGGAUAAGAUUGAGGUGGAUAGUUUUUAUGUACAAUAUGUCAAUGCCCUACCCAGCGAAAAGCGGGGUAGACCCAAAGGAGGACUGGCCCUAUUAAUUGCAACAAGAAUUCAUGUGAAGAUUACACUCAUGCCCUUUCAUGUCCAGUGGGUGACUGCAGUUUUACUGCAAUUUAACCACGUUCAGUUGGUUCAGAUUAAUAUAUACUUAACCCCUCUGUGUAAGCAUUCCCAGGUAGGGCAGCAAUGGCAAAGCCUAGGUAAAUAUCUAGAGGAAUUCAUUGAGGCCAACCCCCUAGUUUAUAUUCUAGUGGGAGGUGAUUUCAAUACAAUGGGCCUCCAGACGGUGGAAACAAAAGCAUGGAUUUUACUUCUCACUUAUUGGCUUAGGAUCCAUUUCUCCCCUCUGGGAUUGAUCCGUCUUAUGUUGGCCGAUAGGUUUCAAUCCACCUGGACACGAGCACUGAUGGGUAAACUGUCAUCACUUGGCCUUUCUGCUGAACAUUUGUCAUUACUAGAUUACAAUCAAGCCAAGGAGAUCCUCAAACAGAGGGUCUUGGACACUGAACAUCAGAAUGAUUUAAGCUUCAUCCCAGAGACCACAAGUGGGCGCCUUGGUGACUUUAACCGAGAAUCUGCUAGCUAGCUAUUGUCCCUUUCUUCACUGAGCCAUCACAGGAUAUUCCUCAGAGCAAGAUAUGAUUCCUUACUGUCAGCAGUUUUAUCUGGAAGGUUUCUGAAAACCCCUGUGGCUCAGAUGAAAUAGAUAUUCUACAGCCUCUGCCUUCUAUACAAGUGAAAAAUCUGUUAUAUAUGGAUUCAGAUAAUUUUUAUUUAGACAAAGUGUGGGUACAAUGUGAGAACAGCAGUUGUUUAAAAUGGAGACUCUUAUCAAAUGAUGAUAGAGCACAAGUUGAUCUCAAUGCACCAUGGUAUUGUUAUAUGAACACUGAUCCAUCCUUUAAUAAAUGUUCUGUUUCUGAAGAAGAUUUUCCUGAGGAGUCUCAAUUUCUGAAACAUGGAUUAAAGUAUGUCUAUUCAAAGCUUCCUUUAGGAAGCUUAGUUUUGGUGAAAAUGUGGACAUGGCCAAGAUGGCCUGCCAUUAUUUGUCCUGAUCCUCUUAAUGGACAUCAUGUGACAUAUGACUCGGAUGGAGAUGUUGAAAGUCAUCAUGUAGAAUUUCUGGGGAAACCCCAUUCCAGGGACUGGUCUACCAUAAAAUACAUUGACCAUUAUCCUAGACCAUUUAAGCCAGAUAGAUGCAAAAGAAGAAAGGCCUGGUAUGCAAGUGCACUGGAGGAAGCAGACAAAUUGCUUGCCUGUUCUACUCAGCAAAGGCUUGAAAUGUGCUACUUAUCAAAAAAGGGUUCAAUAAAAAAUAAAGAAGCUGAAACCAAAGAUGACAGAACAUGGACCAAAACAAUAAAAGCCUGGGCAAAAACCCAUGGUAAGAAAAGUACCUGCAGAACUGGAAGAAAAAGAAAAGAGAUUCUCCAGGAAGCCAUGAGGCCACCUUCAGAUCCCAUGUGGAUUUUUCCUAAAUGUCCAAGCAAACACUUUGGCUCAGUUUUCUCCAAGACAGAAAUUAUACUAAAAGAUUUGGACCAAGUUCUCAAGCAUGUUGCAGCCCCCUUCAAGCCAUCUUUCGAGUCAUUUGUGAAUGGAGAAGACAAUAAUGUGAGGGGAGAGGUAGCUAAUUGCUGCAUGGAGUUUCCUGAAAAAAGGCCAGUGGAAAUCAGCACCCAAGAGGACUCUAUUAUAAUUGAUGGGAAAGCUUUCAAGGCUAGAGAGUGCAUUGAGAGUAUUACAGACAGGUUUAAGGAAAUAGAUUCUUUAAUGGCUGAAUUCCAAGACAGCUUGUAGUACUGAUAAGCGAGAAACUAUUAGACUAUUUACAGCUUUAGUGUGCAUCCUUUUUCACAUAUAGUAAGAGAUCCUUAACAGCAGUUCAAUAUAUAGUUAAUUUAAAAUUAGACUGCUUUAAACAGAUUUUUGUUUUUAAUCAGGUUCAUUCAUAACAUUGAUAUAGCUACAGUCUGUGUUUAGCUAUAUAAGUGGGAUUUAAUAGAAAAGUCAUGCACUUCUAGGUGUAUCCUGACAGAGAUAUAUGUUUAGCCUUUAAGCAACUUGUUGAUCCACUUGUUGAAACUUGUUGAAACUAAGACUGAAAAUAAAAAAAAUUGUUGUA